AUGGUGGUGGACAUGCCGUGGCUUGCACGACAUGAUCCUGAAAUUGACUGGGAGAAGCGUACGGUCGUACGCUUCGGACGCCGCGGCGCAACAGAGAGCGAUGGCCCUGUUAGCGCAGCGGAUACACCUAACGGUGCAUCCGAACCUCCUUCAGAGACAGUGGCUCGCGCCGCUGUCUCCAGUCUCAGCGCGAGGAGCGCGCGAGCUGUAACGACUCCGGGAGUCGUUGACAGUAAAAGUGUGUCUGGUCAGAGACCAGACACUUCUAGAAUGUUCUCCGCCGUAAGGCGUCGAGGUGACAACAGCGUGUCGACUCCGGGAGUUGACACGUGCUCGAUAUUAGAUUCGAGAACGUUCUCAGACGAGAAAAGUCGAAGUGACAACAGUGUGUCAGCUCUGGGAGAUGCGACACCCUGCUCCGCCGCUAGGCGUAGAGAUGACGACAAAGCAUCGACUCCGGGAGUCGAUGCGACAAGUUGUGCGGACGGUUGCAAACGUCCAGCACUGAAACUUGCGUGCUGUCGUGCAGCCGGGCUGCACGAAGCAGGGCGCGAUCAAGCCGGGCUUGAUGACGCGUGCCCGCGGGGACCGAGACUCUUCAUGGUGUGUCUGCCGGGCAGACACAACGGCAACAAUGGCCGUCGAGACGUUGGACGUCUUGACGCGGGACAGUAG